AUGAUUAACUGACGAGAUUUUUAACUACCAUAUUGGUUAAUUAUUUUACAUUUUGUUCGGUUUGCUCCAAUAUACUUAUCGCAAUAAUACUCAACUAUACAUUAAUGAGUUAUAUUUGAAAUCAGUGGACAUCAAUUUAAUACUAAAUUAAUUGAACGCAAUAUUUUCAUCACGCAUGGUAAUAUAAUACGAAUUAUAAUAUACUUGUCACUAUGUAUCGUAAAUAUCACCAAGAUGAUAUUAUCAUGACACGAUGUCACCAAGACGUAAAAUAAAUAUAUUAAGACCCAGCUGUUUAUUUAAAAUUUUCCCCUUAUAUAGUUUUAUAUUUUAACUUGAAUAAAUACAAUGACUUCAAGUAUUAGUUUGAAUGAGCUUUAUUGCUUUUACUGUGGUGUUGACAAUAUACCGUUGUUAAGGUGUGUUCAAUGUAAGAGUAUAUGGUACUGCAGUCGGGAACAUCAAAAAAAGCAUUGGAGUAUUCAUAAAAGUUUUUGUAAGCAGAAAAAAAAAGAGCUGGUUUCUUUGCGUGAAUAUGAAAAAAAAAAAGUCUCCCAAUACUCUCACUCCCAGCUAAACCAAACUAAAGUACCUUUUAUCUUGCCAGAGUCCAGUCAAAGAGGUUUGGAAAAUACUUUGUCAAGCUCUUAUUCGGAUUCAACUACAUUUGUAAAUGUUCCUAUAUAUCAGCAACAUCCUAAUAAAGUACAUUUUCAUCCUCAAGAAAAAGUUCCAUAUGGUGUUGCUACAAACAAGAAUUUUUUAAAUAAUUUAUGCAUUUCUAAUGUACAACAAGAUUCAUCUAUGGGCAGUUCUAACCCAAUUUUAUCCCCCUCAAAGUCAACAGAAAAUUAUUCAUUUGCAGAGACGUUGUUUGCAUCAGAAAAUUUUCUGGGUUCCGGUGAUACUUUAACAAAUCUAUUAGAUAACCCAAUUUUAGAUGAUGUAGACUUUGGUGAUGCUGCUAGUUUAUAUCUUGAUACUGUCAAUUUACAUUCUAAUGAUAAUAAAUUUGAAGAAAAAUUGAAUCAGUUGCCCUUUCAAUCUAGCUCCAUAAAUAAUCCCUCGCAAAAUUUAUCUGACAUAAUGUUAGGUAACAGUUUUCAAAGUAAUCACGAUAUAUCAAAUCCAACUUUACAUUUUUCUAAUAAGUUGUACAAAAGCAACCAAGUUAAUCAGGAUUUAGACUUUCGUAAUAUGUUGUGCCAAACCAGCCUCAAUAUAUCUAAUCAGGCUUUACAUAUUAGGACUGAGUUGUAUCAACGAGGCUACUGCAUAAUUGAUAAUUUUUUAAGUCAAGAAUUUGCAAAAGGAGUUUUAGCUGACGUAAACACAGCAUUUAAGUCUGGUGCAAUGCAAGCUGGUCAAAUAGUUAAUAGAAUACAUAACAAAGAUAUACGUGGUGAUUUUGUUAUGUGGCUUUCAGGGCAUGAGGAACAAUAUGAGUUUAUUACUCAACUCACAAUAGUUAUAGAUCAACUUAUAGCUGCUUUUAGCAAACUUGUUCAUGACGUUGUUAUUAAAGGUAGAACUCCGGCAAUGGUAGCAUGUUAUCCUGGAAAUGGAUCUCAUUACAAGUGUCAUGUUGACAAUGCUAGAAAAGAUGGCCGGAUCAUAACAUGUUUGUAUUAUCUCAAUGAACAAUGGGAUUGUGAAAGAGAUGGAGGAAUGUUGCGAUUGUAUACUAUGAAUGAGAGAGUCAAUAUUGAACCAAUUUUCAAUCGUUUAUUGUUGUUUUGGUCUGACAAACGUACUCCACAUGAAGUUCUUCCAGCUUUUAGAAAAAGGUUUGCCAUCACAUUGUGGUAUUUUGAUGCAGCAGAAAGAGAAGUUGUCAAACAGGCAUACUUUCAGAGUUUGCAAUCUCAAUUUGCUUCUUGUGGAAGAGGUGAAUCUCAAGCGUCAUAAAAAAAUGUUCACAUAACUUUUAUGGUAAGUAGUGACAUUUUUAUAAGUUGCCUUAGCAAUGAGCAACUAAUAAAAAGUGUCAGUAAAAAAGUAAUAAAGUUAUCACGAUCUGUGACUACGUCAGCCAAAGUAACGCAUUUACGUUAAUUUUUAUGUCAAUCAAAGUAGUGUACACAUGUCUUCACUAUUAUAAAGUUUAUAAAUGUAUUUUUAAAAUAUUGCACGUUUUUAAUGAUUUUCUUUUUGCUGUUUUAUUUGGUUAAUUUAGUAGAUUAUUUUGUAGAAUCUAUUUAUUAUACUUGUAACCUAAUAAAUUUUAUUGACACA